AAAAAAAAAAAAAAAAAAAAAGACAAUGCCUUCUUCCUGCCAAGAACUUCGACAAGAACUUAUCGAUUGUAUGCUAAAGUCCAAUUGCGUCUUGGUAAAAAGAAACUCGGUAUCAGAAUGUUUUAAGAAGGAACAUGAAGACGACGUUCCAACGGAAUGUAAAAGUAUCAAGAAAAGUUAUGCUGAUUGUCGAAGAGGAAUGCUUGAUCCUCGUAUGCGAUUCAGGGGAAAUAAGACUCAAUAGACAACAAUACCUUUAAGAAACUGACCUUCAACAAUCCCAACAAUGUAACAUCAUCUUCAUUUAAAACCAAAUAUCUUUUUUUUUUUACUUCUUUUUAUUCUCUUCAGUUUUAUUCGUACUAGUCAUCUUUUAUGUUGAUCAAGUGAUUGUAUAUACUCUUUUUUUUUUU